AUGGUUUGGGGGUCGUCCGUGUUCUCAGGGACAGACACGUCCGGGGGAGUCGCCUCCUCUCCCCCCACCUUGCUCUUGAUCCCAGCCAGCUCUUGCCACUCUUGUGACUUCUCCUCUUGUCGCUUCAGCUUCUCGUGCAGGUGGGUGUUGGCCUGCUGCUCGGAGCGCAGGAGGCUGGUGAGCUCCUCCUCGCGGGCGCUCAGCCCCUGCACGGCGUCCUGCAGCCCGGCCAGCUCGUCUUUCAGCUCCUGGUUGCGCGCCAGUGCACGUCUCUUGCUCUCCUGCUCGUGUUCUAUUUUGUCGAGGAUCUUGCGCCGGUCCUCGGCGUGCUGCUCCCAUUCCUCGGCCUUCUUCUCCAGGAUCCACAGCCUCUGCCGCUGCUCCAGCUGGCCCACCUGCUCCUCCAGCUGCUGCACCCGCUCCUUCCCCGCGGAGCGCUCCGCCCGCAGCUGCUCCUCACGGGCGUCUCUCUCCACCUUCAACGCGGCCACCUGCUCUUCCAGGCCCUUCAGCUGUCUUCCACACUGGGCCCGCUCCUCCAGCGCCUGCUGGCACGCGUGGACUUGGGUCUGCAAGUCGGCCUUCUGGCUGGCCCACCUGCUCCUCCAGCUGCUGCACCCGCUCCUUCCCCGCGGAGCGCUCCGCCCGCAGCUGCUCCUCACGGGCGUCUCUCUCCACCUUCAACGCGGCCACCUGCUCUUCCAGGCCCUUCAGCUGUCUUCCACACUGGGCCCGCUCCUCCAGCGCCUGCUGGCACGCGUGGACUUGGGUCUGCAAGUCGGCCUUCUGGGUGAGCAGCACCUCCAGCCUCUCCUGCAGCUCGCUGUUCUCGUCUUCCACCGUCUUUCAUGA